AUGCGCGAGGCUUCCGGCGGGCGGCUGGGGGCGUGGCGCCCCGUGACCUCUUCGCCGCUGUGGUGGGGUUGGGGGGUGUCGCCGCGGCUGCUGGCGGCGGCCGGGCCGCUCGCUGUGCGGCGGGGACGCGGCGGUGGCCCGCGAGGCUGCCGCACGGCUGGGGCAGGCGUGAGGGCGCUCGGAACCGCCCAGCGGGUGAGCGGGGAGGCGCGGCCCGCCGGUCCCGGGCGGCGGGGCGGCGGCUGCGCUCGACGGCGCGGUGACGCCAUCCAGGUGCGCCGGCCGCCGCGGGACGGGGGCGCGGGGGCCUGGGCAGCGGGGGGCGGGGGCGCGGCGGCGGCGACCGUGCCCCUGGCCGCCCCGGGGCUCCAGCCCACCUGCGCGGCGAGGCGGCCGCCGCUGGCCCGAGCCAGUCUCUGCCUGCCCUCCGAGCCGCCGCCCUUCUCGCUGCGGCGCUUUCCGCCCUGGUGCUCGCCAGUCCCCGCCGCUGCCCGCGCCCUCAGUCUCGGCUCGCAGGAGCGCCGGCCUCGCCCUGCCGCGGACCUGCCGCGUCUUCUCGCGCGCGCGCGCGCGCUCCCACCGCGAGGCGGGGUCCUCCUGGGCUCCCCGGUGCCGUGCCUUCUGCUGCAUCUCGCAGGGUUCCUCUCCGCUGUGAUAACGGACGUGAAAGAGUGUUGUGAUUGCCCCCAGGGGAUCCACUUUCAGCAGUUGGCUCUGCAGACGAGACUGACGUCAGUUUCCCGGUGGCUGUGUUCAAAACCACCCAAAGGAACCAGUGAACCAAAGGAUACUGGUCCUGGAGCGGGUGGAGGCAAGAGAGGAGGCAAGCGGGAUGACUUUACCUGGUGGAAAUGGAUGCAGAAGGGAGAGGUCCCCUGGGAUGACAAGGAUUUCCGCAAUCUGGCCGUUUUGGGGGCAGGUGUGGCUGUGGGAUUUCUCUACUUCUAUUUCCGAGAUCCUGGGAAGGAAAUCACCUGGAAGCACUUUGUGCAUUAUUACCUGGCGAGAGGCCUGGUGGACCGGCUGGAGGUUGUGAACAAACUGUGUGUGCAUGUCAUCCCCGCCCCUGGGACAUUGUCUGAGAAGUCCGUGUGGUGCAGCAUCCGCAGCGUGGACACCUGCGAGCGCACCCUGGAGACCGCCCCCUGGGAGCUGGGCGUCGUUCCUGUGCAGACGGCCAUGGGCUACACCACCGAGAGCGGUGGGUCUUUCUUGCGAAGCCCGGUGCCCACCCUUCUGCUGACUGGCAUUCUCCUCUGUGCCGUGAGGAGGGGCCCGAUGGGGGCUGGGCGUGGCGGGCAAGGAGGGGGCCUUCUAAAGAGCAGCGUUGGCGUGCGCUUUGCAGAUGUGGCUGGUUGUGAAGAAGCCAAGUUGGAGAUCAUGGAGUUUGUGAAUUUCCUGAAGAAUCCCAAGCAAUAUCAGGACCUCGGGGCCAAAAUUCCGAAGGGAGCCAUGCUCACUGGUCCUCCUGGUACCGGCAAGACGCUUCUCGCCAAGGCGACUGCGGGGGAGGCCAGUGUGCCCUUCAUCACUGUAAACGGGUCCGAGUUCCUGGAAAUGUUUGUCGGCGUCGGGCCAGCUCGGGUUUGUGACAUGUUUGCAGUGGCCUGAAAAAACGCCCCAUGUAUCUUAUUCAUUGACGAGACUGACGCGAUUGGCAGGAAGCGUGGCCGCGGGUUCUUCGGGGGCCAGAGCGAGCAGGAGAACACCCUGACCCAGCUGCUCGUGGAGAUGGACGGCUUCAGCUCUGCCACGGAUGUCGUCGUGCUGGCCGGCACCAACCGCCCCGACAUCCUCAACCCACCCCUGACACGCCCCGGCCGGUCUGACCGUCAGAUUUACAUCGGCCCCCCUGACAUCAGAGGCAGGUCAUCCAUCUUCAGGGUCCACCUGCAUCCGCUCAAGUUGGACAAGAGCCUCCGUGAGGAAGCCCUGUCGAGGAAGCUUGCGGCGCUCACUCCAGGCCUCACAGGUGCUGAUAUUUCGAACGUUUGCGAUGAAGCGGCCCUGACUGCCGCCCGCCACCUCAGUCCUUUUGUUCGGGAGAAGCACUUCGAGCAGGCGGUUGAGAGGGUCGUCGGAGGUCUCGAGAAGAAGACACGGGUCCUGCGGCCCGAUGAGAGGAGGACGGUGGCCUACCGCGAGGCUGGCCACGCGGACCCCCUGCUCAGGGUGUCCACCGUCCCCUGGGGCGAGGGGCUCGACGGCGCCCAGCGCCUGCCCCGGGAACAGUACCUGUGCCCGCGGGAGCAGCUCUGCGACCGCGUGUGCGCCACGCUGGGGGGCCGGGGGGCCGAGCAGCUCUUCUUCGGGCCGAUCACCGCGGGGGCCCAGGACGACCCGAGGAAGGUCACCCGGAGCGCCCACGCACAGGUCGUGCGGUUUGGGAUGAGCGAGAAGCUGGGCCAGGUGUCCGACCUGCCCCGGCCCGACGAGGCGCUGAUGGAGAAGCCGGACGGCGAGGCCACGGCCCAGCUCAUCGACCGGGAGGCGCGGUGGCUCCGUGCACGCUGGGGGCGGCCCGUCCCUGGGGGCGGAAGGGGGCUCCGCAGGGUGCGCGGGCGGCCUGACGCUCCUGGUGUGCGGGUGGGCCGGCGGCUGCCGGAGAAGGAGGUGCUGGAGCGGGCCGACCUGGUGGAGCUGCUCGGGCCGCGGCCCUCCGUGGAGAAGACCGCCUACGAGGAGCUCGUGGAGGGCACGGGCGGCCUGGAGGAGGACGCGUCCCUGCCCGAGGGGCUGAGGGGCUGGCGCUGGGGGCUGGAGGAGGGCGGCACUGAGUGCCCUGUGCAGGAGAGCCCGGCCUGGUGCUCCUGCCUGCAGAGCUGCCUCCAGCAUCUCCAGAGAGCAAAUUAAAACACGUGAUGACUGCAGACGGGUGUUUUCAGAUCAGGGUCCUCUGAGCCACGGGGAUUCCUGUGCCCGAGUCAGGGCAGGGCACUGGCCGAGAGUCACCCGCCCCCGGGGCCUGCGUGUGGGACCCCCUGGGCCUCCAUCGAGGUGGGCCGUGGGCUCAUCUGCUGGGGACAGCCACCCAGUGUGGGGGCGUCAGUGCUGGUCACCUUACCUGCCUCGGGGAGAGAUGGAGAAGGGACUUGUGGCCCAGUUCAGAAAUCCUCAACGUUUGAUGCGGUUCAGAAUUAAGGAAAGGAAAAUAUGAGCCAGGUGUCAAGGGAAUAGCUGUUAGGGUGGUGGGAGGCCAGGUAGCCCUUAUGGAGGGAACGUGCCAUUCCCACAGGUGGGGGGGGGUCCGUGGGGGUCUGAGCCGAGGGGGUCACACCAGGAGAAAACCAUCCCCGUUCUCAGGGUGGGGGCCUUACCAACUGUGUGUCUCCAGGAAGCUGCAUUCCCUGUGGCCCCGUGUUGUCAUAAUCCAGGAGCAGGAGCUCUGGGCUGCUUGACGUGACAGGACAGCCACUGAGGGGGUCGUAGCUAAGCUGUAGGGCUGAGGCCUUCCGUUGUCUGGUUGGUCCUGGAGUGAGACCAGGGCCCAGCCCGCGGGGAGCCAGGGUUGGUGGAAGUGGUCCCUCAGGGCCCCAGCACACGGCCGGGGCGUCACAGGUGUCGGAAUUGCGACGGUAGCGGCAGCUGCUGUCUUGGGUGGGUGGACGGGCGUCCCGGGCCGACUGCGGGAGGAGGGCCACCGCCCCACGUGCCUGCCGCCGCUGGCCCGGCCAGAGCCACACGCUGGGCCUCAGGGAUGAGAUUUUCCAAAUCAUUUGGUAUGUUUCCCUCAAAAAUAAGUUUCCAACUUGGGACAGACAC